GAGACACCACCAUCUUCAGGCAGCAUUUUUCUGGAAAAGAAAAAAAGCAUUCCCCGCCCUUUCUCCUGAACUCAACCGACCAGCCACCUCCACCAUCUCCGUCCGACUGCCUCCUGCCGGCGACUGCUCUCGCAUUCCGUUCCCGAAAUCCUACCUCACUCCUUCGCCGUCACCUAUUUCUUUACUCUCACGAAAAAGGGAAAAGGAAAAAAAAAAAAAAAAAAAGGUCUUGGUCUUUCUCUACGCCGGGAACGGUCGCCGUUGAAGCCCCACACAAAACCUCGGAGCCACAGCCGAUCUACGUCGUCCGCCACCUCCAGAGCAUCGUCCGCUCGCUGCCAUUCGUCGUCCCCGUCCCUGACCUCGGUGGAGUCGACUGAAGCCUGACACGAGUUUGGAGUCGCUAUUCUCAACCUUCGCCGCCAACGAUGCCCGGGGAAGCCAAGCCAGUACAAAGUGAUAUCCACAUGAGAGAUAGAGCUGCAACCCGACCAGACGCUAAGCAUUCUGAGGAAGCACAUCAAACUUCAUCUCCUCUAAUGGCUGCUUCUUCAGAUCUGAAAGGGAAUUAUGACGUCUUCCUGAGUUUCAGAGGUACGGACAUUCGAAAGAGCUUCCUCAGUCAUUUCUACACGGCGCUUGCCCAAAAAGGAAUCUACAGUUAUGUCGAUAGUGAGGAGCUUCGGAAAGGCGACUGUAUAAAGCCGGCACUUAUGAAGGCGAUUGAGGAGUCGUGUAUCGCGAUCAUCAUUUUCUCCGAGGACUAUGCUUCCUCACCGUGGUGUUUGGAAGAGGUGGAGAAAAUCAUGGAGUGCAAGGAGCAAAGAGGACUCACGGUAUUUCCGGUAUUUUACAAAGUGGAUCCUAGAGAAGUGAGAACACCAAGAAAGAGCUACCGAAAAGCUAUGGUUAAGCAUGAGAGAAAGUUUGGGAGAGAUUCGAAGAAAGUGAAGAGAUGGAAAAAGGCUCUCCUUGAUGCGGGUAGCUUGUCUGGAUGGGAUUUGAAGGAUAUAGAUGAAGCAGAUCUUAUCAACAGAAUUGUGCGGGACAUCUCUAUGCAGCUGGACCGAAAACCGUUACACAUUGCCAAGCAUCCAGUUGGAAUACAUCAACAAGUGGUAAAGCUGGAAUCUAUGUUAAAUCUCGAGUCUCGUGAUGAUGUUCUCAUGAUAGGAUUAUGGGGACAAGGAGGCAUAGGAAAAACAACAUUAGCCAAAGCCCUUUACAAUGAUAUAUUUAGAGGAUUUGAUGCUUCAUGUUUUUUGCCAAACGUUCGUGAAACUUCAAAAGAUUCCAAGGAUUUAGUUCAUUUGCAAGAAAAAUUGUUGUCCGAGAUAUUAGUGGGAAAAGAAUUAACAGUGUGUAGUGUUGAUGGAGGUAUUAAUUUGAUGCAACAUAGACUUUGCCGGAAAAGUGUCCUCCUUGUUCUCGACGAUGUCGAUGACGUAAAACAAUUAAAUGCUUUAGCUGGAGGGCGUGAAUGGUUUGGUAAAGGAAGCAGAAUCAUCAUUACUACGAGAGAUAGCCAUCUAUUAACUUUCCAUGGGAUGGGUAAAGAUCAUAUCUAUGAAGUUAAAACUCUAGAUGAUUUGGAAGCUCUUGAACUUUUUGAUAAACAUGCUUUUUUUGGAAGUGAGGAAAUAGUGAUAAGUAGGGAUCUUGUGGAUAGUGCUUUGCAUUAUGCUAAUGGACUUCCUUUAGCACUUGUGGUAUUGGGCUCUUUCCUAUGUGGUAGAGGGGAACAGGAGUGGAAAAGCGCAUUGAAUAAACUUGCCAAAAAUCCUGACAAAACCAUCAAUGAUGUUCUCAAGUUAAGUUACGAUGGACUAGAGGACUAUGCAAAGGAGAUAUUCCUUGAUAUCGCAUGUUUCUUCAAAGGACGAUGUAUAGAGUACAUCAUGAAUGUCCUUAACAGUUGCGACUUUGACACAACUAUUGGAGUACAAGUUCUUGUUGAGAGGUCCUUAAUAACUAAGAAUGGGAAUACAAUACAGAUGCAUGACUUGAUUCAGUUGAUGGGCAUGGAUAUUGUUAAACAAGAAUGUCGCGAUGAUCCUGGAAAACGCAGCAGGAUAUGGCUUUGUGAAGAUGUCUAUGAAGUUCUAUCAGGGGAAAUGGGAACAGAUGUAGUAAAAGCCAUAGUUUUGGAUUUACCCACGAUAGAAGCAAUAUCCAUAGGUCCCAAUGCUUUCACAAACAUGAGAAGAUUGAGGUUGCUCAUCAUGAUUAAUGUGCAUAACUCUUUCCAAGGUCCCAUCUUUCUUCCUAACAACUUGAGAUGGUUUCAAUGGCCUGAAUGUCCUUUUUCGGUUCUCAAAUUUCCCCCUGGCCCAAAGAAGUUAGUCAGACUUGAUCUGUGCAAAAGCAACAUUCAAGUCGUGGUGGACCAAUUCAAGGACUUUAAAAAUUUGAAGUUCCUUUACUUCAGUGAAUGUCUGUCCAUGGUUUGUAUGCCGAACCUCAAUUUUUGUCCAAAUCUCGAGGAAUUGAAUCUCAAUGGGUGCAAAAAUUUGGAGCGUGCUCAUGAAUCAGUUGCAUAUCAUGCCAAGUUGAGGUUGCUGGAUCUAGAAGGUUGCUCUAACCUUCAUCAUCUCCCUGAUAUACUCCAACCCAAGGAUCUUCAAUUCCUCAAUCUUCGUGGUUGCUCAAAGUUGCGAAGAUUCCCUAAUAUUCCAGAAAAAAUGAAAUGCUUGCAAAAACUUGUUUUAACUGAGACUUCAAUUGAGGAACUUCCUGCAUCCAUGGAAAAUCUUGUCUCUUUAAAGAAUUUGAGUUUAUUUAGAUGCAAGAAAUUGGCAAACCUUCCAUCUAGCAUUUACAAGUUGCCAAAUCUUGAGAGCUUGAGCCUUGAUGGUUGUUCAAAACUAAUCAAGUUUCCAAAGGAGGAGGAGGAUUCGAGUGAUCUGUGUAGCAAGACAGGAUUUCCCAAGCUAAAGUUGUUAGAGCUUAGGGGAUGCAAUCUACAAGAAGUAGAGUUCCUAGAGACUCAUUCAUGUUUUCCAUCCUUGAAAUAUUUGGCUUUGUGCGAAAAUAAUUUUGCUAAGCUUCCACCGUGUGGGCACCUACAUAAUUUACUUAAAUUGGAUGUUUCGGAAUGCCAACAGCUACAAGAGAUUGGCGAGGUUUCAGGGCAAUUGCUUGAAUUGCAGGCAAGGAAUUGUGAAUCUCUAAGCAAAAUUCCUUCCGACAUAUUGUCGAUUGACCAAUUAUUUCUCCGUAAUGAGCGAUUUUGGGAAUUGGAUUUCUUUUCGCCUUCGCCUUGUGAAACUAUUCUACCUGGAGAAACUAUUCUACCUGGAGGAGAGAUGCCGCAAUGGUUACUCCUGAAUAAGGAGGGUUAUAUAUCUUUCACAGCUUCGAAGAAUUUGUAUAAGUUCGUAAGAUUAGCUAUCUAUGUUGUAUGUCGAGUAAAGGAAGGGAAACCAAAGGACUUUAAGUUCAGAUUAUACACUAAUGGCAGAUUCUUAGGAACGUCCGUGCCAGACAGGUUCCCCAUAUUGCAUUCAGAACAUGUGUCAUUACGGUUGUAUACAUUGAAGAGACUCUGGGGAGUAAACCCUUUUGAUCGAAAUGACUCAAGUUCUUUCCAGUUAGGCAUUAAAGCAUCAGAUGGUAUAAUUGUAAAAAAGUGUGGAUUUCGAUUAAUAUGCAAGUCACUAGAGGACGAGUUGGAGGCUUUGAAUCAAGAUGACGAGUUGUUAGAUCCAAGUUUGUUUUAUAAGAUUUGGCAUCACGACGAAGAAACGACUAGAGAGGAAGAAAUUUCGGCCGAUCUCUUAGAUCUGGAAAAGCGGGGACAAAACCAUGAAGACAACUACCAAACAAGCUCAGAAGAAGGCGACGAUAUGGAUGACUCCCCGCUCGCCAAUGUCAUGGCUGACUUUUCAGUUGAGAAGUGUCGCUAUUCUGAAAUCGCUCCUCACCACAUGGAUAUUCUUCCCGGAGGAGAUAUGCCAGAGGAGUUCAUCAUUGUUGAAGGCAAUACCAUAUCUUUCAUGGUUUCACAAGACUUUUAUGAUAAGUUUUUGGGAUUAGCUCUUUGUGUUGUUUUCACUAUAGAAGAUGGAGAAAAGGAAAUAUUUUUCGACAUCGUGCCCCAUCUUAACGGCCAAAGACGGAAUGGGCUAUCGGGAUCUCUCGGUUCAUUUAAUUCAAAUCACAUGUGGAUUCAAUAUCUCAAACAGAAUGUGUUGUGGGGAGUGUGGAAGGGAGCUGUUGAUUUUCUUGAAUUUGACGAGGAUUGCUUACGAUUUAGCCUCACACUCAGUGUAUCGGGUGGAACUGUAAAAAAAUUGGGAUAUGUGCUAAGAUGCAAGCAAAUGGAUGAUGAUUUGAAAGUUGUACUCGAAGAUAAGCAAUUGGUGAAUCUAGCUUCAAUAUAUGAAAUGAAGCACAAAGAAUUCUUCUACAAAUUUCUCCCACGCCAUAUGGAGCGAAUGGAAGCCAUGCAAAUGGAAGCCAAGUACAGGAACACUUACACGGUCAUAUAUAGUAGCGACAGCGACAACGAUAGCAACAGGGACAGCGACAGCAACAUCGACACAAAUUAA